CCCUCAUAUGUUUCAGAGUCGACAAAUUUUCGGCAGACGUCCCCUUUUAAAACCCUAGCCUCUUCCCAAACCCCCUCAUUGUGCCUCUUAUCCAAACCCUACCGACCUGACGGCUGCACCCGCUCUGUUUCGACCCCCUCAUCGCAAUGGCACCCAAGAAGGAAAAGGCUCCCCCACCGUCCUCAAAGCCCGCCAAAUCUGGCGGAGGCAAGCAGAAGAAGAAGAAGUGGAGCAAGGGUAAGCAAAAGGAGAAGGUGAACAACAUGGUGUUGUUUGAUCAGGCCACUUAUGACAAGCUUCUUUCGGAGGCUCCCAAGUUCAAGCUCAUCACUCCUUCUAUCUUGUCAGACAGGCUGAGGAUUAAUGGAUCAUUGGCACGCCGUGCAAUUAAGGAUUUGAUGGCAAGGGGUUCUAUUAGGAUGAUUUCUGCUCAUGCUAGUCAGCAGAUCUACACCAGAGCCACCAAUACCUAAACAGAAGUUAUUUGUCUUGGCCAUGGAUGCACAAUUUUAACAUUUGCUUAUAUUCGUCAUGUUAGGAAACUAUCGUCUUCAUCAGCUAUUUCUGCUUUGUUUAAGUCCAUAUGGUCAAGCAUUUCUCUUUUUGGUUGACAGUUUCUUUUUGCUACAAGUGGGAUUUAUAUAAAUUAAUUCUGUUUUGAUGAA